CGCCGACCUGAGGGAAGGAGCCGGAAGAGCCGGUGACCGGGGUGCGGAGGCUCCGAGAGGAUUUUGCACGCCCUUGUCUUAGUUCUGGCAGCGUGCAAGUCCUCAAUGGCGGGUAGGGGGGUACCGACAAUCCUUUCAGCAGUUUGGGUUGUCCGUCGCAGUCGGAGUUUGUCCUUUUUUGUGGCGGCACCGAACCAGACUGCGAUGGAAGAACACGGGACCGAUUCGAUGACCGCCGUGUAGAACCGUCUCAGCGGCUCCGGCGGCAGGCCGUGCUUUCUCAGAAGCCGCAGGAACUACGUCCUCCGCUGGGCCUUUUUGAGGACGGAGUCGAUGUCGGUCGCCCAACUUCGGGUCCCGAGAGAUGGGAAUUCCCAGGAACUCGAAGGUCUCGACGGUUGUCACGAGGCGGCCGGACGGCGUGAGGGGCAGCCGUGGCGAAGGACGCCUCCCGAAGUCCACGAUCAUCUCUACCGUCUCGAGCGCGUUCGGCUCCGGCUCGCGUCGGCCGCACCGCGGCUCCGGCCGCUCCGCUUCCCGUCGAUAUGCGGACUCGUUAUCUUUUCAGAUAACGUUGCUGGGAAAUCCCUUUACACCUCGUUUUCCACAUUUUCAGUUCGCUCUAUCGAAUCUUCCUACCUUUUAUCGAGUGCGGUUGACUUUUUUUUCUGUGGAUAAUUUGUAGUACAAUAUUUAUAUUGUGGAAGACGGUAUUUAUUAAGGUUACCUGCUAAGAGAAAUAAGGUAUUUUUUUCAACUUCAUAUUUUUCUCCUUGGAUUUUUUAAAUUGUUGCCCUUUCAGCUUUGGAAAAAUCUACAAUGUCUACCAACGUUACCACCCUUUUAUUUAUUGAUAUAUAUUUUCUACAUUUUUACAAAGUCAACUUUUUCUUGGAUUGUCUAGUGAGGAUAAGAAGUGCAGAAAAUGGAUGGAUGGAUGUUUUUCUUGUAAUUUUAGCUCUUUCUGGUUACAUUUAAGGUAAAAACAGCUAACAUGAUAACUGCCAAAAGUUGCACGUCACAUACUCAUUUCCAACGUCUUUUUAAGUUUCGUGAAGUUUGAUGCUUUUACUUUGUUGGUUCAAUUCGUCACAAGGUCACAAUUACGAGUCUUAUUUUGAAGCGUCUGGCCGGAAGUGGUUUCGUCCAUCCUUUGCUUUUUUGCUGGUUCCGCGGUGGAUGGCGUCGUUAGCGAUAGAGGCGCAUCGGUGUUGAUGGGCGUCACUGGAACAGCUUAACCGCUGCGCAGGAACGACACCAUGAACAAUGGAGACCAGGGGCAUCUGACGGGCGAGCAGGUGACGCUGAAUGUGGGCGGCCGCUUGUACUGCACGUCAUUGACCACACUGAGGCGCUACCCGGACUCCAUGCUGGGCGCCAUGUUCCGAGGGGACGUGCCUUCCCUGAGGGACGCCCGCGGGAACUACUUCAUCGACCGCGACGGGACGCUCUUCCGUUACAUCCUGAACUUCCUUCGCUCGUCCGAGCUGACGCUGCCGUGCGACUUCAAGGAGGCGGAGCUUCUCCGCAAGGAGGCGGACUUCUACCAGAUCGAGGCCCUGCUGCAGCGCCUGGGGGACGCCGCCAGGUGUCCCCGGUCGGCGCCGUACCCGAGCGACUCUUACGACGAGCUGCUGGAGCUGUGCAGCACCAGGAAGCUGUCCAAGUACUCCAACCCGGUCGCCGUCAUCAUCACCCAACUUAGCGUCACCACCAAGGUGCAGUGUGUAUUGUCGGCCAUCUCGUGCAGCUUCACCAAGUGGAACAAGCACAUGAUGGACACUCGCGACUACCAGGUGUCGUUCACCUUCGGCCCGUGUGACCAUCAACAGGAAGUCGGCCUGCGCGUCCACCUGCUCGAGUUUAUCUCCAAAGCCGGUUUCAGUCUGCGCAACACGCGCGUUCACCACAUGAGCGAGCGGGCCAACGAAAACACGGCGGAGCACCAUUGGACCUUCUGCAGACGCGUUCGCAAAGCGGACAUCUGACGGACGCACGGCCGUCGUCUUUCGAACAAUCAGGAAAACAUUCCGAGUCUCCUUUGCGACUCCACGCAUGCAAUCGCAACCUCCGUUCUGUCGACACACUCAAGACAAAUAAAGAAAGUCUGAAAAAA